AUGCAGCUGCUCACAGCUGGCCAGGGAGAUGAGAAGGCCCUGAGGUGCCUGAGCAAUGAGAUUGCCAAUGCUGCCAAUGCUUUUGCCUCGUCCCAGAAUGCCACCACGAUCAGCAUCGACGGGGUGGACAAGGCUGUGCUGGACAGUGACAUUGUCAAGCUGGAGGUGGACACAGAGCUCAGCUCUGGGUUCAGUGAAGGCAGGAAGGUGGCAGUGGUGCAUCGAUUUGAGUCACUGCCUGCAGGCUCCACCUUAAUCUUUUACAAGUACUGUGACCAUGAGAACGCAGCGUUUAAGGACGUGGCCCUUGUGCUGACAGUUCUCCUGGACGAGCAGGCACUGAGAAAGAGCCUCACCUUUCAAGAAGUGGAGGAGAAGGUCCGGGAUUUCCUCUGGGCAAAGUUCAGCAGUUCAGAUGUUCCUAGUUCUUACAAUGGCAUGGACACAGAUAAGCUGAGUGGACUGUGGAGCCGGAUAUCUCAUCUUGUGUUGCCUGUUUGGCCUGAAAAGGGCCUCCCUCUAGAGGGGUGCACAUAAAA